AUGUCUUAUUGUGGCAUGUAUCGGCACGAUUUCGAGGAAGCCAUCCAGCUUGCCGAGAAGGCUAUUCGACUCAUGCAAGUAUUUGGCGACAAGCUCCUUGUUCUGCGAUUGCAGUUCGACUCUGCCUGCAUUGUGCUGCAGAGUGUCGAUUUGCAGGGUUCUCUAGACCAGAAUGAGACCAUCCUUGCCGAGAGGAUCAGACUCCAAGGGAAAGACAGCUACUUCACUCUACAAAGUCAGUAUGCUGUGGGUGCAUUGUACUCCUAUCUAGAAAGAUGGGAUGACGCCGAAUGGCAGAUCAAUAACGCUCUGCAGAAAGCUGAAGCCGGUCUUCGGAGGACGUUGGACGGGAACGAGCCUUUUGAAGUACGUAUCCUAGCCAAGAACAACUAG